GUGAGAAUGCCUGAACCCGCCAAGCCCGCGCCCAAGAAGGGCUCCAAGAAAGCCGUGAGCAAGACGGCCGGCAAGAGUAGCAGGAAGCGCCGCAGGCCCAGGAAGGAGAGCUACGCCAUCUACGUGUACAAGGUGCUCAAACAGGUGCACCCCGACACCGGCAUCUCGUCAAAGGCCAUGGGCAUCAUGAACUCCUUCGUCAAAGAUAUCUUCGAGCGCAUCGCCGGUGAGGCGUCCCGCCUGGCUCACUACAACAAGCGCUCCACCAUCACGUCCAGGGAGAUCCAGACCGCCGUCCGCCUGCUGCUGCCCGGGGAGCUGGCCAAGCACGCCGUGUCCGAGGGCACCAAGGCCGUCACCAAGUACACCAGCUCCAAGUAAAACAAGCUGCUCCAGCUUCAACAACUCAAAGGCUCUUUUAAGAGCCACCCACCUUUUAUCAAAAAGUUAACCUGCACCUUCAUAACGUUGACUGUGAGUUUAUCCCAGUUAGUUUUAAUU